UUUGUCCGGGCCGUUGCUAUUGACUCCACGAGAGGUUCCCGUUCCCUGGCGGAGAGAGAGAGAGAGGGAGAGGGAGAGGAAGGAGAGACCGAAGGCCGCCCGUGUUCUUACCCCGUCUCCUCUUCCGCCUUCGGCCUUUACUGAAACUCCCAUCUCAGAAACCAAGAAAAGGGGGUCUGUGAAGAGGUGUCUUGCGGCAGAACAAUGGAGGUACUUGGCAAAUCUGUGAUUGCUGAGCCCAGCAAUGUGAUUUUCUUGUCCACUAUUCUUAACACAGAAGGGCAAGUCCCCAGUCACAAGUGUGACAAGAGGUGCCAGAAUGAGCACAUCUUUGGAAACAUGUACCGCUGCAAACUGACUGGAUUGACACACAUCUGUGACAAAAACUGUAACCAGAGGAUCCUCUAUGACAACCACAACUCGCUCUGCCGAGUGAGUGGGCAGUUGUUCCCGCUCUCGCCACUGGAGCUGCAGGCUGUGAGGGGGAUUCGGAGGAAGCAUGAAGCUGACAGCCAUGAAGGGUGCUCCUUUAAGCGCAGGCGUGGUGCACAGCUUCAUCCUUCCCCUUUUGAGAGGUCCUACUCCGCCGUGUCUCCGAUACCGAGCCAAGCUGGAGAUGGCAUGGACCUGAGCUAGAGCUAACGAGACUUCCAUCUUUUCUUUUCCCGGCUACCUUAUGCGGAUCUCUACUCCAUUUCCCCUUCUUUGACAGGAUGGAAACUAUAAGAGCUUCCUUCUUUGUAGACUUAUGAAGGGAUAUGAGACUCCUUUAGAGGCACUAAAUAAUGUCUAUGUAGUAUAAAUUCAGUUUCAUGGGACCUUGUUGUAAUCGUAACUUCGAUUGAACAGCCUAUUCUGAAUUACUUAGUGUUAAUCAUUUGCUAUUACCGUUUA